AAAUAUUUGUAGACGACAUGUCGUGUUUGGCGCAUUGCAGUAGAAAAAAAUUUUUAAUGUGAAAAUGUAAAAAAAAAGUAUUUCAUGAAAGAAAAUCAUAACUGAAAAGUGUUUGUAAUUUUUUAUAUAAAAGAAAGUGAUGAAUUAGUUUUUAGUUUAGAUAGAAAAGUUUUUUUAAUAAAAUGGUUAUUAGUGACAACAAUAGUGAAAUUGUCCAACCUCCACGACAAUUUGACGAAUUACCACAUGAGGAUGAGGAACGUUUAGAGAAAUUAUUUGACGCGAUUGAUCGUGAUGGAAAUGGAAAAAUUGAUAUACAAGAUCUGACAGUGGCAUUACGUGAAUUUGGAUUACAUCAUCACUAUGCUGAGAAAUUUAUGCAACAAUCUGAUAAAAAUAUGAGUGGAGAUGUUUGUUUAUCAGAAUUUAUACAUUAUGUACGAGAACAUGAAAAAAAUUUAAAACUACAAUUCAAACAUUUAGAUAGAAAUCAAGAUGGUAAAAUUGAUCUCGAAGAACUUAUUAGGGCAUUUCAUGACUUAGGAAUUCAUAUGGAACGUACUGAAGCAACUAAUUUAUUACAAAGAAUGGAUCAAGAUGGUAGCUUAAAUAUUAGUUUUAAUGAAUGGCGUGAUUACUUAUUAUAUGCACCAAGCACUGAUAUUCAUGGACUUAUUAAUUUUUGGAGACACUCGACGUACCUGGAUAUUGGGGAGGAUAUGAAUGUUCCUGAUGAUUUCACUCAAAGUGAAAUGCAAACAGGAAAAUGGUGGCGUCAUUUAGCUGCAGGUGGUUUUGCUGGUGCAAUUUCAAGAACGUGUACAGCACCGCUUGAUCGACUCAAAAUAUUUCUACAGGUGGGAGCUGAACGACAAACAAUUCGUGAAACACUUUCGUCCAUGUUAAAAGAUGGUGGUGUUACUUGUUUAUGGCGUGGUAAUUUAAUAAACGUGAUAAAAAUUGCACCAGAAUCAGCGAUAAAAUUCGCUGCAUAUGAACAAAUCAAACGUUUAAUACGUGGUGAUUCAAAUAAAACUCUAGGUAUAUACGAACGAUUUAUUAGUGGAGCAUCUGCGGGUGCUAUCAGUCAAACGGCUAUUUAUCCAUUGGAAGUGAUGAAAACACGUUUAGCAUUACGUAAAACUGGACAAUAUAAAAAUGCAUGGGAGUUAAUACGAAAAAUGUAUAAACAUGAAGGAGCGUAUACAUUUUAUCGGGGAUACAUACCAAACAUUUUGGGAAUUAUCCCAUAUGCGGGCAUCGAUUUAGCUGUUUAUGAAACAUUAAAAAAGAGUUACAUUAAAGCGUAUCCGAACAAUAACGAACAACCGUCAUUUUUUUUGCUAUUAGCUUGUGGUAGUGCGUCCAGUACUUUAGGCCAAGUAUGUUCGUAUCCAUUAGCGCUAAUACGUACACGGCUUCAAGCAACAGACUGUUCGAAAAACGAUCUACAAAAAUGCACGAUGCGUGGUGUUGCUAAAACUAUAUUACGUAAUGAGGGCAUCACUGGCUUAUAUCGAGGCAUCACACCCAAUUUUAUUAAAGUUAUACCUGCAGUUAGUAUUAGCUAUGUUGUUUACGAAUAUUCAAGUCGAAUAUUAGGUGUUAAUAUGACGUGAUACAUUUUAAUUGUAUCAUUGUCAUUUACUAUUUAAUGCAAAAAUUUAAUAAAAAAAAAAAACCAAUACCAAUUGGUGGUCGUAUUCAAAGUCUGGCAAGUAAUCGAUUCGAAAACACCAUUCCAUUUUUAAAAGUACUAAUCGAACUUAAUUAGUAUAAAUUUUAACUUCAAAUUAUUGAUAUAUUUGUUGUUAAUCGUGUUAAAACAAGUUAACAUCUUACUCGAGCUACAUAAAACUACGUUUUAAAAGGAAUUGCAUUCUGCUCUGCUAUAAAUUAACCCGAAUUCGAUUUGUUAUCGUUGCAGAUGUAUUUUUUUUAAUCUCAAAACAGGCGUUUAUUUCGUAAGUGGCAAAUUAAUAAUCCUGAGUAAUCGAAUAAUGGGUAAUAUGAUGAAACCCGAUUUUUUGACUUCUAGAGAUCUUUCUUUUAAAAUAUUUAAAAACAAAACUCUUAAAUAGUAAAUUAAUCUCGCUAAGUUAUCAAUAAUGGGAUUUUUAUAGAUAUUAUAAAAAUUAAUAUAUUUAAUUUGGUAUUACAACCCCCAAAUAUUUAUCCGUAAGUGGCUAAUUAAUUGGAGGGUAGUUUGUAACGAUUGGCCCACUUACGGAUGUUAUUUUUUUUUUAAUAACCUCAAAAUUACAUUCACUUAUUUAUCGUAUUUAAAACGUCAAAAUAAAAUAAAAAGAUUCAGAAUCCUAAAUCGCAAAUUGAAUCAAAAUCGAAGACAUAUUCAGUGGUAAAUCGAUCACUGCAGCCGGGAAUAAAAGAAAAUCGUGUUUUUUUAAAUGUCAUUUAUUCGUAAGUGGCUGAUUAAUAUUGUAUAAUCGAUUGUGGGAGAGAGGGGUUUGUAACGAUUUGCCACACUUAUUACGAAUGUCAACGUCAAAAUUAAAGAAAAAAUGAUUCAGAAUCAUAAAUCGCAAAUUGAAAAAAAAUCGAAGAUAUCUUCGAUAAUAAAUCGAUCACUACAAAGCCGAGAAGAAAAGAAAAUCGUAUUUAUUUUAAAUGUUGAAUGCGGCAACCUGGGCUUUUUAUUAACACCGAAUAUGAAAACUUGAAUUUAACAAAAAAAAAAAAAAAAAAACGCAUCUCUAGUUUUUUUGUUUUUAUUUAAAAAAUAAACUAUUGUGACGCCAAGUUUUUAAAUGAAUACCAUUUUGUCAAAUCAUCAUAUAAAAUGUUCAAAACAAAAAAAAACCAUUCAUCAAUGUUGUUAAAUGUUGUUAUUUAAUUAAUUUAUUUAAAUAGUUAGUUCAAAAAUAUUUAAAAAUGAACACAAUUUAUGUGUAAAAAUUAAUGAAUAAUAAUAAUAAAUUAAAAAAUGGCGGCGAUCUGUAUUUUACAGAUGUAAUAAUGAAGGAGACUUAAAAAAAAUAGAAUGAAUUUUAUUUAAGUAAAUUUAACUUUAAAGACAAACUCUUGUAUCUGCGCGCGUUUUGUUUUUUUGAAUGAAUGUUGCGAUUUAUGUGGAAAAUAAUUUAAUUCAAACAAAAUUUUCUGGAUGGACGUGUGUUUGUGUGUGUGAAUGGAACCGGAAGUGUGUGUAUUUAAAUAUCAUUUGUUUGUUUUUCUUUUUGUUUCAAUUUGAUUAUUUUUUUAUAUUUAUAAUUUUUUUUGACGUGUUUCAUGUUCGCUUCUUUGAAAUAAUGUUGUAAACUAAAAUGCUUUUUUAAAAUGAAAAACUAUUUUUACUAUUUAAAAAAAAAAAAAAACUAUGUUAUUAUAAAUGUAAUUUACCAUAUUUACCUUUUAUUCUCUUAAUUCUUCCGCCAUUUCCUUCUCUAAACCUUUGAAUUAAAUCAAUUUAUCCUUGCAUUUACCAAAGACGACAUGGCAGUCAAUAAAGAUAUUUUAAACGUU